ACUAAACAACUUCACAAUCACUUUCUUUCAUAUUUAUAUACUCGUUCAAAAAUCUCAAAAUCACUCAAUUCAUUCUUGCAAUACAAAACAAAGCAAAACAACAAAAAAAUAUCCGAAAAUAAAAACAUCCUCCAAAAUGACCAAACACUCACUAUUCUCACUUUCAAUAUCAGUGUUUCUCAUAGUUGCUCUUUUUACUGCAACAACCGCACUCGACCCUGCACCUGAAGACCCGAUUUUCGAACUGUACAUGCAUGAUGUACUUGGCGGAAGCAGUCCAACAGCAAGACCAAUCACCGGUUUGCUUGGAAACAUCUACAACGGUCAAGUACCGUUUGCUAAGCAGAUUGCUUUUGUUCCGCCAGAAAACGGUGUAGCCAUACCAAAUGCAAAUGGCGCAAUGCCAACGGUCAACGGUAUCAACGGUAUUCCUCUAGGUACUGGUUUAUCCGGUACAGCGUUUUCAGGUCAGAAUCUGAACGGGAUUCAGACACAGUUGGGUCCUGAUGGUCUGAGUCUCGGCUUUGGGACGAUCACGGUGAUCGACGACAUAAUCACAUCCGGUCCUGACUUGGGUUCCCAACCACUUGGUAAAGCUCAGGGGGUUUAUGUUGCAAGCUCAGCAGAUGGAAGCACACAGAUGAUGGCUUUCACAGCUAUGCUUGAAGGUGGAGAGUACAAUGAUAAUCUCAAUUUCUACGGAAUUUAUAGAAUUGGAAGCGCCAUGUCGCAUCUGUCUGUGACUGGGGGAACCGGAAGGUUUAAGAACGCUUGUGGGUUUGCGGAGGUAAGGCCACUGAUUCCUGCAGGUCAACACUUUGUUGAUGGAGCAGAGAUGCUGUUGAGGAUCAUUGUCCAUCUUAAGUACUGAAACUUGUAAAUGAAUGUGUGUGAAAUGUGUGAUUCCAUUUGAGUUGAGAAAUAUUUUAUAUGAUUUGGUACAACAAACAUCAUGUCCUGAACCAUUUAUAGGAAGGGCUUUGUGUAUUAUUGCUUACAUGCUUAUGGUCCAGACAAAGAACUAAACAUAAGAAUACUGCAAGGAUUAUGAAUUUCAGGAAAAAACAUUGUUCGGUCAGCCCCUACUUCUCCUAUAGGGCCAUGAGUAUACUCAGAACACUCCGAAGAAUGUAGCUGCAGCAAA